UGUUCAGUUAAGUUUAGUUUCUCGAAAUUUCGCACAAAAAAACAUCAAAAUGGUUGAAGUUUUUGACUUACUUAACUUCAAAAAUCCUGUCUUCACAUCUUACCUUUUCUGGACCGGAGUUUUGUGCAUCAAAUUGAUGAUGAUGAGCUUCCUUACCGCAAAACAUCGAUUCACUAAAAACGUUUUUGCUAAUCCCGAAGACGCAGCAACAAAGAAAGGAAAAGUUAAGUUCGACGAUGAAGAUGUCGAGCGAGUUCGUCGUGCUCACUUGAAUGACUUGGAAAAUCUCGUACCAUUUUUCAUCAUCGGUCUUUUAUAUGUUCUAACAAAUCCAUCACAUUUUCUUGCCAUGAUGCUUUACCGUAUGAUUGGAUUCUGCCGUAUUGCACACACUUUUGUGUAUGCCGUUUACGUUAUUCCACAACCAGCUAGAGCUUUGGCAUUCUUUGGAGCACUUGCGCCAACCAUUUACAUGGCUGUUCAAGUAGUUAUGGCAUUUUAUUAGAAAUUAAGUCUUUUCUUGGAUUUCGGGUACAAUAAAAAUUUUUUAUUAAAUAAUA